UCUAGAGGUCACCGUACGCGUGUGGAGGCACCGCCAUGUCCUGGAUUUUUGGGUUGAACAAGGGAUCGCCGCCGGCCGGUGGUGACCAGGCGGCGCCCGGAGCUCCGGCAGGCCCAACCCCACCGCCUCCCCCUCCCGGGGCUGGCAGCGACGGGUCCGACCGGCACAAGGACAAAUGGAGCAACUUCGACCCGACCGGCCUGGAGCGCGCGGCCAAGGCUGCCCGGGAACUGGACUCAUCCCGCCACGCCAAGGAUGCGCUCAAUCUCUCUCGGUUACAGGAGCAAACGGUACAGCUGGAGCAUCAAAGUCGCAUCAAGGAGUACGAAGCUGCUGUGGAGCAGCUCCGAUCCGAUCAGAUCAAAGUCCAAGCAGAAGAAAAACGGAAGACACUUGCUGAAGAAACCAGGCAGCACCAGGCACGAGCACAGUACCAGGACAAACUAGCGAGGCAACGAUAUGAUGACCAACUCCGCCAGCAGCAACUGUUGAAUGAAGAAAACUUGAGGAAACAAGAGGAAUCUGUUCAUAAACAGGAAUCUAUGCGCAGAGCUACAAUUGAACAUGAGAUGGAGCUUCGGCACAAGAAUGAGAUGCUACGUAUCGAAGCUGAAGCCAAGGCCCGUGCGAAGGUGGAACGGGAGAAUGCUGACCUAAUCAGAGAACAGAUCAGGCUGAAGGCGGCUGAGCACCGUCAAACUGUCCUGGAUUCCAUCAAGACAGCUGGGGCAGUGUUUGGAGAAGGAUUCCGUGCCUUCGUUUCUGACUGGGACAAAGUGACAGCCACAGUGGCGGGACUGACGCUGCUGGCUGUUGGUGUUUACUCGGCCAGGAACGCUACAGGAGUUGCCGGGCGGUACAUUGAGGCUCGGCUGGGGAAGCCCUCCCUGGUUCGCGACACCUCCCGCAUUACAUUAGUGGAAGCGCUGAAACAUCCAAUCAAGGUUGGUAAACGUUUGAUGAGCAAGCCACAGGAUGCACUGGAAGGAGUAGUGCUGAGUCCAAACUUAGAGGAACGUGUUAGAGAUAUUGCCAUAGCAACCAGAAACACCAAGAGUAACAAGGGACUAUACCGAAAUAUCCUCAUGUAUGGACCUCCGGGUACAGGGAAAACCCUUUUUGCUAAGAAACUAGCUGUACAUUCUGGCAUGGAUUAUGCUAUCAUGACAGGCGGUGACGUGGCCCCCAUGGGACGAGAAGGUGUCACUGCCAUGCACAAAGUCUUUGACUGGGCAGCUACCAGCCGGAGAGGGCUUCUACUGUUUGUGGAUGAGGCGGAUGCGUUCCUUCGAAAGAGAGCAACGGAAAAAAUCAGUGAAGAUCUGAGAGCAACCUUAAAUGCAUUCCUGUACCGAACUGGGGAGCAAAGUAACAAGUUUAUGCUGGUGUUGGCAAGCAAUCAACCAGAGCAGUUUGACUGGGCGAUCAAUGAUCGUAUUGAUGAAAUUGUUAACUUCGGCCUACCAGGGUUGGAGGAGAGGGAGCGGCUGGUCCGGUUAUACUUUGACAAAUAUGUCCUGAAACCUGCCACAGAAGGAAAACAGCGCCUGAAAGUGGCCCAGUUUGACUAUGGCAAGAAAUGCUCCGAAAUUGCGUUGCUUACUGAGGGGAUGUCGGGUAGAGAGAUCUCCAAGCUGGGAGUUGCCUGGCAGGCUGCGGCGUAUGCCUCUGAGGAUGGUGUCCUGACUGAAGCAAUGAUUGAUUCCAGGUUGACCGAUGCAAUUGGCCAACACAAGCAGAAGAUGAAGUGGUUGAAGAACGAGGGCGGAGAAAAAUCUCAAGUUAUGCAGCACCCAGCGGAGGGUACACCAGUAUGAGUGUUUAGUGCAGGGUCUGCACCAGGAAUCCCUGAAUUCAACUGCUGAGCACCAACGCAAAACCUGCAUCAGUUUACACAGUCCAGUCUCGAAGGUUAUUCACCCCUGAAUGCCCGGUGCUUUAGCGGCAUUGCACAGAGCUCAGACCCAGAGCGGCAGUCAGUUCCUGACCUGUUCAGCCUGCACUGUGCAGACGUUUUCAGCUGCUUGUCUGGGAACCUGAGGACAUGGCAUGUUAGAGAGGAAAACGGCGAUGCUGUGUGUUGAUCUGUUACAGCAGCGUUCCAUGUCAUACAGCUCCUCACGGCUGCUAUUGGCAGUGGACUCUGGACUGGGACGAGAUUGGGAUGGUGAAUUCUGCCACUGGAAGAUGUUUUGCAUUGAUGUGAGUUCUAUUCCCGGGUUCCUUCUUUCAAAAUGUUGAUCUCCCUAAUUUUCAAUUAGAAUCAUCGUGCUCAAGACCGAAUUCCUUUGACUGCCUACCUCAGAUGCAUUUCGAGAAAUAAGCAUUUUCAGUAACUUCCCAGUAAAAGUUCACACCGAUCAUGGGGAUUCACAUUGUACAACAGUGCAUUAGUGGUAAGAUUGGGAAAUCUUUGGUUUAGUUGAGUUUUACUCUGAGGAGAAGAAAUUAAACCUACUAUAAAACAGUUAUUGGACUUUGUAAGUAAACCAGGACUGACGACUUCUUCCAAGCAGAUUCUAACUUAUCAAUGUAAUGCCAUAUAGAGCCAUGUUGACUGACACAACCCACUGGAAUAAAGUGAGGCUGCUGGCCAGAUCCUUUUUGUCUCACACUCACGUUUAUCCCUCUAGUAAUUCCUACUGAUGACUUUAUAAGGUCGGACUACCAGCUUCCGUAUUUAAUCCUUUCCAUUAGCUUCUAAAUAUGAACAUUUAAAAAAACUUAGAUUAUUUUAAUCUAUUAAAUUUGUCUAAAUUAAACACUUAAUUUAUCCCUUUUCAAUUUGGAAUAAUUUUGAAGUCAAUUUUUUUUUUGCUGGGGGUGGAUUAUUUGCAGGCAAACUGUUUUGUUCUAGAAAUAGAAAAUAUUACUCUUAACUCAGAGGGUUAAAAUGCUGUCAUAUACUGCAGUUCUAUGCCAACUUGGCUACUGUCUACAUUGGACCAAAGCCAAUGUUUAAUUAAAAUGUUAACUUAGAACUAUCCGAAAACAGUGAAAAUUCCUCCUCUCCCCCCCCCAACCAUUCCUUCCCUUUUCCUUCAAUCCUGCACCCUCUGAAGUUGCCAACCUUAAUAAUUAACACUGAGAUCUAUUGGUCUGUAGUGAGAAUAUAUUUUAAUGUGAAACUGGUAUGAAGUUAAAUGAAAAAAGCAAAAAAUCAUGCACUGUAUUUCAGAGCAGAGAAACAGUUGGCUGUCUGUCUUCCUUGCUGAUGGUGAAAGAUUUGAGCCAGCUGUUGAUCUGCAACUUAGAGGACCUCCAAAGGUUUCUGCCCAGAACAAAGAACUGAGGGAAGAAAUGCCUUAUUAUGUGUUCAGCACAUCCCAUGCAAUAGGUAUUAAUAAAACAAAAGGAUUUGUUUCUAAAAGCCCGUAAUGAGCUUCCUCCUGGUGCACUGAUGCCUAUGGAUCUUGCACAGGGUUCAGUCCCAUUGAGUGUGGGAAGGGUUGGUUAUGAAUUCAGCUCUGAAAACACUAAGGCGACAGUUUGUGGUUUCCUAAAUCCAGCAGAUUCAUCCUGUUUAAACCGAUGCCUACAUAUGGUCAUUUGUUGAUGUUGAGCUGAGUGAAAGUCUAGUUUUGGAUUUGGCACGCUCAUCCUGUAAAAUGUGGUUAUGUGCCUCAGUUUUAAAGCUUGGCUUCCAAAGAAAGAAGUGUCCAUGUGAUCUGUGAAGUGAUCAAAGUAAUACUUAGUGACCCCAAUGUCCCUGGAUUGUUCUGUCCCUCACAGUGGUGCUGAACUGCCACUAAGAACUCUAAACUCUGAGGAAAAUGAAAGUGCAGUGGUACUACUGAAUCAUGUUUGGGCAAGAGGGUAGUGAGGUUUCUGGUCUGUUGCGUAUAUUCUAAAUGUUCUGUUAAUCGUCGAAGCAAUCCUGGUAAUCUUACAGUGGGAAUCCCUGUAUUUCCUUUUAUAAGUUGGAACUGAUUCAGUCUUUGUUUUUUUAAACAUCAUCACUAUAUUCCAACAUGGAAUGAUUUCAGUUUGAUAAAUCCUUUUUUAUUGGAUUAAACGUGUAAAUCAUCUAAUAAAUUGAGAUUACAAUAUGUUAGAAUGAGAAACUGAGAGAGGUUAUUUUGUAAAAAAAAAACAAUUUGGUUAUUGUUGAAAAGGAAAUUGUUAUCGUACAGAUGGUCACUGUUAAAUAUGGAACUGGUUACUGAACACAUUUCAUCUGGACGGGUUGGUGCAAAGGUGAAUUUCCCACAGAUAGGAUACAAGGAAGAUCCUACUGCCGAUGAGGUGAAUUUUCCCUUGGAAGACAAUUUCUUGGCUCCACACCAAAUUAGUGUAGAGGGCCACUGAGACCUUUCUGGAGGUUUCCACCAGUAAUUACCAAAUGGGGCUUUCCAUCAAGUGCUGUGGAAAUCAUCCGACAAUAAAACUUGGUGCUGUUGUAAUCUGUUUUACUGACUUCUGCCACGCAGAGGCUAAAUGUCAGCUCUCAUACUGUCCCCCUCUCUGGGCCAUGACUGAACGUCUAACAUCAGGGUAUUCUUCAAGGCAGUGGCAUCCCACAUUUUGUCAAGAGAUCUUCCCUCUACAGCAUCUAGUCUUUUGAUACCCACAGCUUUGCGCAAAUUACUUUCACCCAAGAUCCCCGAAUGGGACUGUCUAGCCGGGACUGUCUAGCCAGGCCCGUUGUUUUGGAACCUGCCAUGUUGGCCUGUAUUUAUAUUAGCUCUUUAUUUUAUUUUGUUUUGUAUAAUCUGUCUUGGGCAUGUCCCACAGCCUUAGCAUUAAACAAUACAUUGGACAGAAGCUUAAUUUAAUUGUAACCACCUCUUAAUUGCCACAUUAGAUCAUCCAGUUAUAUCCUUUUGGAGACGUUCAACCCCAUCCCUAUCUUCUUUGUUCCUGAAAUUAACUUUUCUUUUACCCUGUUAUGUUCAAGGGUCCUAGACCGGCAAUGUACAAUUCCAAGAAAAAGUUUGUGGUUCCUUCGCAGUUUCCUGGUUUUCUGCAUUAAUUACUCAUUAAAUGUGGUCUGAUCUUCAUGUAAGUCAC